CGGGGCGGGGCCUGGCGCCGGAAGUGCGCGCGGUCCAUGUACCAAUGGCUGCUCGCGGUCCUCCGCGCCCUCCGCGACGCCGCCCGCCAGGCCCCGGCCCCGGCCCUCGCCCCGGCCCCGCGCCCGCGGCCGCCGCCACGAAAGAAGCCGCCCCCCAGUGUUCUGUCACCUGUGGAAGAUCCUGAGGAGAUUCCUGCAAAGAGGCUGAAGACAGAAUGUGUCUCAGGGGCUAGCAAGGAGCCCGAAGAGGUUGCUGUGGCUGCCAAGUUGCCACCUGGGGCAACAAGUAGAAGCCAGGAGACUAAAGAGAGAGAUGACUACUUCUUCUCUGACUCUGAAGAUGAGAUUGUGUACAUUUCUUCCGAUUCUUCAUUUGUAGCAUCUGCUGAGGAUGAGCACACAACAGGAUCUGAAAUGCCUUGUGAGACCAGCCCGUGCUUGACUGAGGAAACACCAUCCUCUCUUUCCAAGAGAAUUCCAUAUCUGAGCCUGAGCAGGAAUAACCACAUCCGAGCUGCUGCGGAGAGCCCUGUCACACCCAGGCCCCCCAUCAAGGAGCUAGGACCCAGCUCCCGAGGAGUCAGUGGCACCAGGAGGCCUUUGUGUGCUGCUGAAGAGGAUGUUCAGCAAGCAGAAAAUAAGAAGUACAAAGAGUUCUUGAGCCUGUUCAAGGAAAAAUAUUCUGGAAGGCUUACUUCUCCACAUCCAGCAAGACUCAACAAAGUUCAAACCAAGGAACCAGGGAUGACUGGGAGUCCCCUGAAAGAACAAAAACCCAGAGGUGCCUCUCCAGCAGUGCCAGAAAGGACCCGUGUCAAACAUGGGGAUGUUUUCAGCCCCCAGCUGCCUCAGAGAGGUGUCAUGAUCAGCUAUUGCACACUACCAGAAGACUCUCAUGGACGAGGAAAACGAGAGAAACGAGCAGCUUCAGUGGGCCAGCGUGACGCCGAAGUCCCCCAGAGAAAGUUAUUCCAGUUCCAUGUGACCCCAGUCCUGUCCAAAGACCUCUUCUUUGUGGACAGCGAGCCAGUGCCACGCCGGGAAAGGCCAGCAGAUGAGCUGGCUCCACUGACAGAGGCCAUGGACAAUGAGGUCUCUGCUGCCUUUGACUGUGGUGAGCCUGAGGACGUCCUGAGCAAGGCCUUCAAGCUCACUGUGACCCGUGAGGACAUCUGCACCCUGCAGCCCCUGGGCUGGCUCAACGACAGGAUCAUGAAUUUUUACAUGGGUCUUCUGGUGGAAAGAAGCAAGAAGGAAGGAUAUCCAGCAGUCUAUGCUUUUAAUACCUUCUUUUAUGCCAAGCUGAGCUCUACAGGCCACAAGGGAGUAAAGAAAUGGACCAAAGGUGUGGAUAUCUUCCAGCACGAUAUCAUCUUGGUGCCCAUUCACCUCAGAACUCACUGGACACUGCUGGUUGUAGACCUCCGAGAGAAAACCAUCAAAUACUUUGACUCCUUGGGACAGAAAGGAGACCACAUUUGUAAAACUAUCUUAAAAUACCUGGAAGAGGAAAGCAGAGAAAGAAGAAGCAUUGAAUUGACUGCUUUUGAGUGGACCCUUCACAGCAUGGGCACACAGGAAAUCCCUCAACAAAAUAAUGGACAUGACUGUGGAGUUUUUGUUUGCAAAUUUGCCGACUUCAUCUCCAGAGACAAACCCAUCAUCUUCACCCCGGAACACAUGCCUUAUUUCCGCAGGAAGAUGGUGUGGGAAAUAAUGCAUCAGCAGCUGCUGGGAGACAUGCACUGAUCGGAAAACACUGUUCUGUAAAAGAGUAGUAUUUAUUUCUUAUUGUUUAGGUAUGACAAGAGAAAUAUUAACUUAUGUAAGAGCCUUACUGGAUGGGAACGUAACUUGUUAAUAGAGUAAUUUAUUUUUUAAUUGAAAACUGA